CAUCCUCUCUAUUAUUAAUCAAUUAAUCAUCCCACUCUCUCUUUACCAAGAAAAUCCCCUGUUUUUGUUCUUAGUUUGCAUCAUGUAAAAAUGGGUAAUCAAGGAAUUCAAUGGCAGCUCUUACUCUGUUGUUUCUUGUUCAUGGGUUUAUGCCCAAAAACCCAUUCUCAAGCUACCAACGAUUAUUCAGUCAAGUUCUUGAAAACCCCAAAACUUAUAACCAAACUCAACUCAGCCACUUUCAUUCUCCAAGCUUUUCUCAAUGGAAAAGUCUGCACUAAUUGUACAAUCCAUUGUAGAGUUGAUGAUGAUAAGCUUACAAAUUGUGACAAUGGUGAAGUUUCACGUACAAUGUUGAAGGAUGGGAAUCAUACACUUGAGGUCUGCAUCAACGGAGGAGUUUUCUGUUCCACAUAUAACUGGACUGUUGGUUAAGAAUCCUAUCCUUUCUUUCUUUCUUUCAUUCAUUAUUAUCUAUUUAUGAUCAUCAUCUUCUGAUAUAUAUAUUCAAAUGGUUUCAUUCUUGAAGACACCGUCCCUCCCACGGCAUAUCUCAUGAUGACUGAAACAACAUCAUUUAGUACAAACAUUUCCGUCAUCAUCUCCUUCACCGAGCCCUGUAAUGGCGGAACUGGUUUCACUUGUUCAUCCAUAACCGACUGCAGCCUAAUUGUGUACGGCGCCGGCCAAGUUCUGCCGUCGACGUUGAAGAUUGUAGAGCCGGAUUUGAAGUAUUCAAUCGUUGUUAGUUUGGAUACAACAAUUGAUUAUGGCCGUUUGGUUUUGACUAUGGAUAAGAAGAAUGUGUGUAAUGAUAACGCUGGGAAUGCGUUUACAAGAACCGAUAGAUCGAGUUUUAUUCAUCAGUUUGAUAGAAGAGAGGUGUUUGUAAAUGUGAAGACUCAUAUUCCUGAGAAACUACUUCAAAUUGAUGACCAAACAAGAUCAGUUCAAGCAACUGAUAAUCACAAGAAUCUUAAAGUGUAUUUAUACUUCUCAAAACCAGUUAUCAAUUCAUCCAUGGAAGUUUUGAACUCUCUGACUAUAAACGAAGGCUCUCUAUCUCCCAUUGAUGGAGACACUCAUGGAAAUCGAAGAUUCGGUUUCAUUGUUGAGGAUCUUGCAGAUGUGUCUAUAGUUACUGUGAAUGUUAAUUCAACGACGAUAUUUAGCCAGCAGGGAAUUCCGGUUUCACCUGUUGCUCCGGUUACUUUCCUUUACGAUUCUGAAAGGCCUUCUGUGAAAUUGAGCGCGUAUAGUUCGAGAACCAGAGAACGGAGUAUUCAGAUCUUUAUAAAGUUCAUCAAGCCUGUUUUUGAAUUUAAUUCUUCUCACGUAUCAAUCACAGGAGGAACUAUUCAAAGCUUUCAUUUAGUUAGUAGGCGAAACUACAUUGUAGAGAUUAGGGCGGAAGAUCGCGUGAUAUCAAUCUGGAUUCCGGAGAAUGCUACUUCUGAUGUUGCCGGAAACAAAAACCUUCCGUCUAAUGUUCUUCAAUUAAGGCAUUCUUCAUCGUUUUCAAUUGUAGAUUCCGUACCAUUAAUAUCUCGCAUAGUUUCCACCAUCGUAACUGCUUUGUUCGCGAUAACAUCGCUGGUGGCUGGAAUCUUAACUGUCUCAACUGCAAGCCUUCAGUUAGCUGGAAUAUUCGGGAGAUCAUCUUCUUCAUUGACCUCUGAACCUACUAGGAGUCUUUUCAGAACUGCGUGCCACAUUCAAGUAUUUGCACUAUCGAGAUGGCUACCGGUUACAUUGCCGAUAGAAUAUUACGAAUUCACCAGAGGGUUACAAUGGAGUAUACCUUACUUUCCUGUUCCAUGGAAAUCGUCUCCUUCAGUCUCUCCGACGACGAAUAAUCCUUACUCUUUCAUGAUACAGAAGACUUUACACUUACCAUCUCCAGUAUUCGGCUCACCUUUAACUUCAAAGGAAUACAGGGCAUUUUUUGAGAGCCAAGAUAUCAUUCCAGAAGCUGAAGAUACUCUAAACCGGAAUAACUUAACUGGAUGGAGUAAUUUUGAAGGAAGUAUGUUCUGGUUGGCGGCCAUCGCAGGCGGAUUGAUCAUCUUCCAUGGCUUCCUCCUCCUUAUAAUGAAACUCAGGAGAAAAGAACCAGAGAAACAGAAAACCUAUGGAGCUCUUACGUUGCCAAGAUUCGAAAUAUUCCUCGUGAUCCUCUCACUUCCUUGCAUAUCUGAAGCGGCUGCAGCUAUUAUCAAAGGAGGAACAUCGUCCGGCGUCUUGGUUGGAGUUCUUCUUCUGGUGAUUGUAUCUUUCCUGUUGUUGGCUCUCUUCCUUUUCCUAUCCGUAGGAAUCACAUUAGGAAAGUUACUUCAAUACAAAGAAGUUCAUCAAGUUGGGCAAGAAUUCCAUUGGUAUCAAGAACUGAUUAGGGUUACUUUAGGCCCGGGUAAACGAGGUCAAUGGACAUGGAAGAAUCAAGAGAAAUCGGCUUACUUAACAAUGUUCGGUCCUCUUUUCGAAGACCUUAGAGGUCCUCCGAAGUACAUGUUGUCUCAAAUCUCCGGUGGAAAUCCGACUAAACGCGGCGAUCGGAUUAUAGACUCAGACGACGAAACCGAAGACGCGGAGGCUCCUUUCAUACAGAAGCUAUUCGGAAUCCUAAGGAUCUAUUACACGUUAAUAGAGUCGGUGAAACGCGUUUGUCUUGGGAUUCUCGCGGGUACUUAUUCGAACAGUUGGUCUUCAAGAACGCCUGCAACUGCUCUUCUUUGCAUAUCGGCGUUUCAGUUGUUCUUCCUUUUAUUGAAGAAGCCUUUCAUAAAGAAAAAGGUUCAGUUGGUGGAGAUCGUCUCUAUUUUCAGUCAGUUGGGAAUUUUCUUAACGUGUUACAUUGUGUCCGAGAAGGAACUGUCGAUUAGUCGGGAGAGAAACGUCGGGAUUUUCAUGAUUUCUCUGUUCUUGUUUGCGUUCUUGGCCCAAAUUUCGAACGAGUGGUAUGCUCUUUAUAGACAGACCAUAAAGUUGGAUCAGAGUAAGGAUAAGGAAUUGUUUGUCACCGGGUUGAAAAUGGUUUUUCUUGGUCUUCUACUUUUGUUCAUACCGAAGAGAAUGGCGAAGGAUGUUUCCGAAAAGUUGUUGUCGUCGAGGAAUUCUAGCCAAGAUAGUGAGCCUGUGGAAGUGGGUAGUCUAGGAGAAAGGCAGAAGAGUUCGGGCAGUACGGAGAAGCCAUGGCUGAAGCAACUAAGGGAAAUGGCUAAGUCGAGCUUUAGUAAGGAUUCGUUUGGAUCUCCAACUGAUCCUUCUACGAGUAGAUGGAGCGGGUUUUGGAAGGGGAAAGGGAGUGGAAGCUCGUCGACAACUUCUUCGGCGGAUUUCAAGUCGAAGCCUGUAAAGUUGUAUAAAGAUCUUGAAGCUAUUUUUGCAUCCAAAUGAAACCUUUUUUAUGUAAUAAGAUGUGUUGUUGUGCAUGACAAUUGACAUCCAUUCUUGGCCACUCUUUCUAAUUUUAGAAAAGAACCAUGACAUCCAUUCAGCUCGUA